UUUGAUUUGAUUUGAAUAUUUUAUUACAUAUUUACCUUGUAUUUGGUUUUUGCUUACAUUUGUUAUCAAAUUCUGCUUGAUUAAAAAACAGUUGGUAAUAUACAAAUAAAGUGUUGAUAAUUUGACGUAAAUCGUCUCACUAAAAUGUAAUCCGAAAGGAGGUUUUGCGCCAAAGUUAUUACUUCAUCUCUAAGACUUAACAGAAAUCCUUUGACAUGUCUGAUAAUCAAAUUGAAGGAAAUCAUUUGCCUUGGUCUAACCUCAGCCUUCAUCUUCCUAUUUGGGUGCAGUCGCCAAUUUACUUCUCCGUUUCGAAUCCUAGUUUUCUAAAGAUUUACAAGAUAUUCAUUGGAUAUAUUUCGCAGGGGCAAUAUUUGCGUAGUUACCAGGCAUUCAAUGGUAGUAAAAUUUGUUCCUAAAUCAUCCAACAUUCUCCAGAGCCACGAUUCGUGAGCAGCUAAGACAAUGAUACACAUUCAUACGAAUUCACAAUCAAAGAGAAUCUACCAGCAUUUUCCAGUUAGUAGUUUCUUCUACUUUUGAGUUUGGUAGAUUUCCUGCAAACACUUAGCAUUCCAAGAUUUUACCGAUAGCAACGAUUUUUAAGCCUAGAAAUGCUGAUAAAAUAAUUUCUGCAUUAGUUGUUGUUUAGCGAUUGUUAAAAUUCUACUAAUCUUCUUUUUCUAAACUGUUCGCCUUGUCCGCAAGACAAUAGGCUGGGUUCUUUUGUGAAAGACCGUAUAGUUUGCAUACCACCCGCAUAUCCUCACGAAAGAGAGGCCGCUAGACCAUUUUAUGCCGGGAACAAUAUCACUAAGAACUUAUUGUAUACACACACUUGUAGCUCACGCGUAGACUUUUAGUUGCACUUAAGGUACGGUAAGUAAAAGUUAGAUAAAUGGUGGGAUGACAUGAAUAUAGUGCCGUACUAAAGGAUGCUUGAGGGGCAACGAAUUGACGAUUGGUUUCCGAUGUAAGUGGUCUGUGGCGAUAUCAUACUGCCAGACGACGAUAUCAGGUUAUAAAACGGUUGGAUCUCAAGGUCUUACGCCAAGCUCAACUGUUAAGUGCUGGUUGGGAAAGAAUUCAAAGCUGCACUAAUAAUAGUUAUGUUUAUAGUACGAUGGAUUUGAAAAUAGAAGUCAAAAAAAGCACACAAUCAGAAGGCAGUUUUCACGAGAGCGAGAUGAAGUCUCACCAGGCUCGACUCUGCACAAGCUGUGAUCAACCGAUUGACGAUCGCUUUCUAUUUUGCGUUAACGAUGUGUAUUGGCAUGAAAGCUGCCUCGAAUGUUGUGUUUGUCGCUGUCCUUUGACCGACUCUUGUUACAGUAAGGAAAACAAACUUUUCUGCAGAGGUGAUUACAGAAGACUUUUUGGUGCUAAAUGCUCGACAUGCAAACAAGAUAUAGCUGCCAAUGAGCUGGUGAUGCGAGCAAUGCACAAUGUAUACCAUCUUCAUUGUUUCAAAUGCUACGAGUGUGGCCAGUCACUGGAGAAGGGUGAUGAAUUCGGAUUAAAGGAUGACCGGCUUUUCUGCAGAGAAGACCUGAAUGGAAUCAGGCCCGAGAAAGAUGUCAUAUCAGACUCCACACAUGCUGCUUCGGAUAAGAGUGAAGCAUCGCCAGUCUCCAGUGAUAUUAGCUGCGAAACGAAAUCACCCAAGAGGCCAAGAACAAUAUUGACAAGUGCUCAAAGAAAAGCCUUCAAGGCUUCCUUCGAGAUGACACCAAAACCAUGUAGAAAGGUUCGAGAGGAAUUGUCUCGUGAUACAGGAUUAAGUGUUCGAGUUGUUCAAGUGUGGUUCCAAAACCAGCGAGCAAAGCUAAAGAAAAUUGCUAAGAAAAAUAAUCCCAACCAAAUGGAUGAUAGUCCAUCCAAACGAUCAGCGAAGUCCAAAAAGAAAGUUAAAACGCGAAGCAGGUCGGGUUUGGAAUGCGAUGACAAGAAACGAUCGUGUAGGCGAGAUUGUUCGAGCAUAAGCGAUACACCACCACACACUCCGCUUACAACACCAUUUUCAAACCAUUUACAACCGUUUGAUAACAUGAUACCUAUGCAUGAGAGCUUUCCACACAUUCCUCCACCGAAUCUGGAGCCUUUCUACCCUACGCCACCCUCGAAUUCAGGACAAAGCAACAACUAUUCGUGUUUAUCCCCAAGCGACCUUCCUCCACCGCCAUAUUCAAUGGCACAGAACUUUCAGCACGGGGAUGGAAUGAUGAUGGAAAAUGGCAGGAUCUCAGGCAUGCUAAACUAUGGACACGAUAUGACGUCACCGUUCAUGGACCAUUCAGGGCAUGGGCGGCAUAUGCAGAUGUUGAACCAUGCCUUAAAUUCAUAUUAAAUGGGAAUACCCGUCGAUUCGAUCAUAAUGUCAAUGCUGGACGGUAGUUUAAAGAUUGCCCACAGAGGUGGCGGCUGGAAAUGUUUUCUGGUCAUGUUAGAUUAACGUACACAAGAACUAACUAGAUUUUGCCUCCGUAUCGAUGUGGCUACAAGUUUAAAUACGUUUGACUGUAAACGAAAGUAAUUUAAUUUCAAUGGUAGUUUCCUUGAGAGUGUAAAGAAGCCUUGUAGGCAUGUGAGAACCCCGAUGUCUAGGUUCGAAAGUGGCAGAUUAUUUCAACACUAAGUUUCAAGUUCCUUGCCAUGUGUGAACUAAGACUGAAGUAAAAUAUACAUAUUAACAUGGAUGAAUUUUGUCAUCAAUGCCCCUUUUCACCAAUGUUUAGCCAAUUUUCGCAGUCAAAAUGCGAAUUCAAAUAUAAAUAGGUCUUCACGAACAACAAGACCUGUUUUUGUUACCUGGCCAUAAAAUAAUCCAUUUUAUUGAACCAUCAAGCAUAAGUUUCCCACGUCUCAGGAAUAAGGAACAAUUGAUCUUGAGGCCUCUAGUUAUUUAGACAAUGAUCAUAAUAAAUUCAAGAACCACAUAUCCGUGAGCAAACAGGAGAAUCAAAGGAUCUUCCAUUUUGUUCUAAACAGGAUUCACUGGCGUGGCUGCAAUCAAGAUUGACAGUCUAUCCGUAUCCAUGUGGAUGCAGUGGGGCAAAUAGCAAAACGCUUGUCUGAUGGAUAUGUGAAAUAGAUCUAAAAGAUCUGCAACUCAAUCCACGAUUAAUUUCUGGAAUACUUAGAAUCUUAUUCAAUAAGAUGUCAUUCAGUAAUUUCUUUAUUGCUACUCUCGUUUACGCUCAAUUAUCAAAAGCAGUAAAUUAGCCAUGAUCGUGCUAACUAGCAUCUCUGUGUCCUUGACAUCUGUAGAAAUCUGAUGUGCUUAUUGACUCUCAUUUUAUUUGGGACCCUGUAUGGAGGAUUUGGUUACGUAUGUAGAGAAGUAUUUAUUCGAUGAAGUUGCAGAUUUCGUUAAACAGUAGGUUGCUAUAUCAAUUCAAAUCAUCGAAUAAUAGUCGUUUUCUCUGCUCUCUACCUUAAAGUCUAAAUGAAAGCAAAUUCCCCGUCCCUAAAGGCAAGAGUAUCCGCAAUUGUAAAUUCGAGUCAACGUAUAUGAUCUUUCCUUUCAUUGACGGUGAUGACUCACAUAUUUGAAGACUAGAAUUCAUGUGGUAGUUAUCUAAAAUGAAUCCUAUUAUAACAAGCCAAAAAAUGAGGAAUGGGGCAAUGAGUCAUCUUUCUGAUAGCAAUGAUGGUCCGUUUCUCCUUUCAAAUGUCUCUUUAUGAAAUUUCUAUUUGUUUUACCAAAAUCCAAAACUUAUCUUUGCAUUAAAUAUUGAAUGUUGCGCAGUUGUCUGGGAAAAAAUCUGAACCAGAACAUGAAAUGAGUACCUAAACAAUUAAUUGGUAGUAUGUUACGAAGAUACCUAAGCUCUAGUCUGUAUUUCUCUUUCUGCCAGAAGAUAGUCCAUUCAAGAUUUUCCUUAAACACCAAUUUAAAGAGAGGCUUUUUAUCACAUUUUAUAGAGACAGUUUAGUAGUAGUUCUCAAAAGCUAAGAUUACAGUGAUUCAAUUGAGAUAAGUGCCUCUACCAAGGUCCUUGGUAUACUAAAAUAAAGUUAUGUACAUUGUCAAGCGUAUCCUCCUUUCCCGCUCCAAAAUUGUUGUUUUCAUGAUUUAUAUUGGUUCAGGAAAAUGAAACAUGAUGGUAGUGUUUUCUAAACUCUUGGAAACUGGUAAUUUAUUGCAAAGGAACCUUUAAGCUGCAGGGGCUUUCGAAAUCUUUCGACAGGUAUAGUGACAAAAUCAUUUCAAAUACACUCAAUUUUAUAGAAGAAAAUUUCUACAAGAAAGGAGUACUGCUUUUCUCGAAAAAAAUUAAGAAACUUCACGAAUCAAACUAUUUCAGCAAACAAUUUGCAAUUUCUUCCGGCCAACAUGAAAAAUAUCAUGUUUUCCGUAAUGGAAUAAAUCGCAAAAUAUAAAUUGAGAUAUAUGAAUUAUAAUAUUUUCCCAACACGAAAAACUACACCUAAGAUCCAAAAUAUUAAAAUUGAUCAAGCUAAAACAAAUCAACUCUCAAGCAAAAAUGAGUGGUGAAAAUUACGGCAUGGUUUAUAAACUGGAGAACUCAACAUCGAACUUGUUUCUUAAAACAUUUGAGAGUGGCAGGUGCAAGGUUGCUCUGUAUCUCAAAGUAUUUUUCAUUCUAUUUUUUUAUUUCUUUCAUAAUUGAAGAAUAACAGAAUAUAUGGUGUCAUCGAAGGAAAACACUGAAACGAUUGGUAAAUCAACAAACAAGGGAAAAAAUGAACAAGUGUUCGAGACAGAAUAUGGAGAAUCUAUUAAUCUUGUCAUAAAAUAUAGUUUGAGGUAUGGGUUCAAUUGCAAAUGCAUUUUAAUUGAUCGACAAUAGUUUAAUUGCUUUUGCAAUUAAAAAGGAAGAUAUAAUCGCUGUGAAUACAUCUAAUUUUAUUGUCAAUAAUGAUUUCAAUUAAAAAGCUUUGAGAAUAAUCAAGUAAAGUAAGGCCUAUAAAACUAUUUUCAUG